GAUUACCUUGUACAUGUAGUUUUGGUCUUGGCUGAAUUACUGUUUAGAAUCUGGGCCAUCUUUGGCCAUCCUCUAUUGAAAACUAUAUCGCAUUUAAAAAAUCGAAAAUAUGAGUGGUCCYGCUACUCCGUAUAUAGGUAGUACAAUUAGUUUGAUUUCAAAUGCAGGAAUACGGUAUGAAGGUACUUUAUUCUGCAUUGACACGAAGGAAUCAACUGUGACGCUUGCCACAGUUCAGUCUUUCGGGACUGAAAACCGUCCUGUCGAAAAGCAAGUGGCUGCUCGUCCAGACGUUUACGAGUACAUCGUAUUUCGUGGCAAAGAUAUCAAAGAUUUGACUGUUAAAAAAGAACCACCCAAGCCGCAAGUUCAGGACCCAGCCAUAAUCAAGUCUGCAGCAGUUGGCAGUAGUCCUGGUUUGACACCAUAUUCAACACCUUAUCAGACACCAGGAGUUUUCAGCCCAUUUGGAGGAUUACCAUAUAGUAAUUACCCYGUUGGUUAUCAACCACCACAACAUUUUCAGCAGGAGAACCGAAUGCCACCAAUGGCGCCUCACAUGCAUGGCAGYAUUCCACAAACCUCCAAUUUGUUACCACGAAAUGCAACCCCUCCUAUCCCAGGUCUUGGUCUAUCAAGAAAUAGCACCCCUUCUCCUGACUUGUUAAACCAGUCUGAGGUAAAAACACAGGAAACCCAGACAAAGACAACCACUCAACAUGCAACCCAAACAACUAAAAAGAAAAGAAAGAACUCAGCUGAUAAGACAUUUGAAAAAGAAAAUAAAAACCCAGAACAGUCUAUUUCAGAGAAAAAUGAGGAAAAGCCUCGACAAGAUAGGAAAGCUGACACCAAGUCUAGAGGAACUAAUCGUAGAGGAAGAAGAGCUGGUUACCGUGGUUCAAGAAAAGAGUCRCAACCUAAAGAAUUUGAAGAUGACUAUGAUUUUGAAAGUGCUAAUGCCAAUUUUAAGAAGGAAGAAAUUGAAGAGGAAUUGCAAAAAAAACUUGGAUUGGUAUCACUUAAUGAUGAGGUUGAAGUUGAAGGUGAGGAAAAUCCAGCAGCACACAAUCCUGAACCAGUGAGAUACUAUGACAAGGAAAGCUCUUUCUUUGACUCCAUAUCAUGUGAGGCUAAAGACAGGGAGAAAAACAAAAGGAGUCACCCUUCUUGGCAAGAAGAGAGAAAGCUUAACACUGAAACCUUUGGGACGUCUGGAUUUCGCCGUGGCAGGGGAGGAAGAGGACGUGGUCGUGGUAACUUCAGAGGACGUGGAGGGGGUAGAGGAGGCUACCGUGGUCGUGGUUGGCGUGGUGGUAGAGGGUCUAGAGGAAGUAGCAGAGGAGGUCCACAGAAAGACUGGGUUGAUUAUCCAUUGGAUGCUGAUACUUCAAAGUUGCAGCARAAUCUACCAAGUGGAACAACU